ACCCAACUUAAAAAUUAAUUAAUAUAUUGUCUCUGUUAGCCCGAACAGCAAUUUAGGCACUAAUCCUACUCCCCCAGUAUUAUUGUCAGAGAGGAAAGAAAGGCGAGGUCGGGGGAUCGAAAUCCCUGAAAACAUUUACAAUACAUUCCUUCCGAUCUAAGCCGCUACAGCGUGCCAAUGUUCAGGGCCUCGGGAGGCUUAGAGCCUUGAUGCGCCGCACAAAUUCAAACUCCCUGCGGUCGCUUUCAGCUUCAACAGCGGCUGUCGAAGAGAACACAAAAAUGGAAGCAUUUCAAAAGCUACAGCCCCGCAUAAAAACGCAGCUUCCAGUUAUGCCUAGAUUAUACGCAUCAAACAAUUUAAAGCAGGGGAGGAACAAUUGGUGCUUUGUAGUAGGGGUUUUGAUUAUUUUAUGCCUCUUCUUCUAUUUAUUAUCCGUUGCCCGUGGCGUUCAAUUCUCGUCCCAUAGGAGCGGGGGCUAUGGAAUUAUCAUAGAUGCAGGUAGUACGGGGUCAAGGAUUUAUGUUUUUGAGUAUGUGAAUGAGGGCACAGGUAAGCUUCCGAUUGUGAGCUUUUCGGGGAAAGGAGCGCCUUCGCUUAAGACGAAACCGGGGUUGUCGUCCUUCGCUUCGAGGCCGGAGAGGGCCGGGGAUUCGAUCCUGGAGCUCUUGAAUUUUGCAAAACAGAAGGUUCCGGAAAAUUACAGGAGUGGCACAAAGAUUCAUUUGAUGGCGACAGCAGGAUUGAGAAGGUUGAAGGAGGAAACUCAGGAGAGAAUUUUGGAGUCUUGCAGGAGGGUACUCAGGUUUUCAGGGUUUGGUUUUCAGGACAAUUGGGCUUCUGUCAUAACAGGUGCAGAUGAAGGAAUAUUUGCAUGGGUUGCUGCAAAUUAUGCACUUGGAACUCUAGGAGGAAACCCACAUAAGACGACUGGAAUAAUUGAACUUGGUGGGGCAUCAUUUCAGGUUACAUUUGUACCAGAAAAAUCGCCUGACCCUGAGGAUUUGCAUAUUUUAACGUUGGGAGGAGUUACAUAUGAUCUUUAUAGCCAGAGCUUUCUUCAUUUUGGUCAGGAAGCAGCAUGGGAAGGAGUGCUCCAAAUGCUUGUUCUAGGGGCACUCAAUUCGUUUGAGAAAGGAGUUGUGGUAGAUCCUUGUACUCCAACAGGUUAUGCCAUGGGUUCAGAAGAACUGUUGCAGCUUCCUGCUGGUUCAGUGAUAACCGACAAUGGGAAACUUUCAGCAGUCCAUUCAAGAGGAAACUUCUCAGAAUGUAGAAAUGCGGCCUUGGGAUUACUUAGCCAAGGGCAAGAUGAUACAGAGGAGUGUAAAUAUUUAUGGAAGCAUUGUAAAACUGGUAAAAAGCGAAUACCGGAGUUGCAUGGAAAUUUUUUUGCAACUGAAAAUUUUGUCUAUACAUCUCAGUUUUUUGGGCUUGUCCCAAGGGCUUCACUUUCUGACAUAGAGAAAGCAGGGGAACAGUAUUGUGGUGAAGAUUGGGCAGUUUUGCAACAGAAACACCAUGAUGUUGACAAAGAAGAUUUGCUGAAGUACUGUUUUUCAUCAGCGUACAUUGUAGCAUUACUGAAUGACAGUCUUGGGAUUUUUAUGAAUGAUGAAAGGGUGCGGUUUACAAAUCAAGUGGGAAAUGUUCCAAUUGACUGGGCUUUGGGAGCUUUCAUUUUGCAUACUAUAGAAGAUUUGUCAUCAGCUCAACCUUCGUGGAUCCUUGGGGAAGAUUCUUUUACAUUUUUUUCAUUGUUUGCAAUUCUAGUUUUACUAGGACUUGCAGCAUGGUCUUUAUCAAGAUGGAGAAAACCUAAUGUGAAGACAAUAUAUGAUUUGGAAAAGGGACGGUACAUAACAACAGCCGCUCGUGUUUACAGAUAAUUUCAACAGUGAUCCAUUGUUUAGGUUCCAGAGAAAAAGGAAAGGUCCGAUUAUUAUUUUUCCUAUCUUGUUCUUAGUGUUAUGCUUCAAUAAUUCUCUGCAUGCAUGCAAAGGUUGAUCCUCUGAUUCCCAACCAAGAUUUGCAUGUGUCCGUUCGUGAUUCCAAGGCAUGAUUGUAGAAUAUGUUCAUUAUUUGUCAACUUAUGCACUCUGUAACCUUAAUUUAUCAUGUAAAGGGGGAAAACCCUUGCAUGGGAACUCUGUGUUCUUUUUCCCUGUAGUUGAAGUUCAAUAUCCUGGACUAUAAUUAUAUGUCGAUGGAGAAGACAUACCAUGUGGUUUGCCUCUCUAUUGAUACAUAUAAAUUGGGAUGGAAGCUAGUAUUGCGUUGCUAUGAACAGGGGUUCAGAAAAAUCAAGGUGAUAGGACUCGAAAUUCUUUAUUAUAGAGCCACUUCCAUCUUCUAGGUCUAUGUUUGGUGGAUGCUUUAAGAAUUCAUUCCCUAGAUUCCUGCAAGGGUAAGAAUGAGGCAAAAGCGAUUCACUAUGUAUUGGAUGCUCAUGGGUGCAUAUGGAGAUCCUUUCAUGUACCUGUAUAUACUAGAAAUUUUGUAAAGAUGUAAUCCAUGUCAGAAUUAUCUUUAACUGAUUGAUCCUCAAGAUACGGAUGGAAAAUAUAUAAAGAUAUUUUCGGAGAUGCUGCCUAGACUGUAAAAUGGCAUGGAUGUGUCUACUGACAAUGCAUAUUAUUGACAAUAGUUUUUUUUAAUGUACCCUUACCAAUCAAUAUUUUGCUUCCAGAAUUUUCUGGAGAUUUAAAUGAAACUAACAUGUUCAUGUUCCA